CAACCUUCAACCUUCAACCUUCACUGACACUCUUCAAAUGUCACAAGUCCUUUAACUUUCAUUUCUUCAUUCCAGGACUUUCCCUCUAAUAAACGUCUUCAAUUUCCUUCGCUUUAUUCACAUUCAUCACUUUAUUUUCAAUUCUAUAUCUCUUUUCUUUCAACAACCAUGGCUUCCCAUGGAUCUAUCACGACUAUCAAUCAAAUAGAUCAGGUAUCUUCACCACAAAUACUUUCAUCGUCGCAUUCAUCCCUUUCUCAUUCCCUUUCAUCAUCCCGUCGUAGUUCGCAAAUAUCGAAAACUUAUCGUCAAGCUUCGACUCUCUUUCUCACGCGUCGAUUACCCGAAUCGCUUUCAACUAUCUUACCAGUAAUUACACCGUCCUCUUCUUCCGAUACCGAAAAUACCACUCCCGAUGAUCUCGCGAAAUCUUCGGCUCCAAUAUCAAAGGCCUCUCGUACUACUCGUAUCAAAGUCUGGAGUCUGUACCUUACAAUAUUGAAUGCGAUUCUUGAAUUGGAUCCAGCAGAAGGAAAACAAGCAUUCGGAACCAGUCAAUUUAGAGCACUGGUUGCUAAGGUCAGAGACGGAGAAGUUUGGGAAGAGGUUGUGAAGAACGGAUAUCACGGAAUCGAAGGAGAUGUAGAUUCAGAUGUCGUUAUAAACCUGUUCGUCUUCCUCGUAUAUUCUGAAAUCCCGGAUAUCCCUAUUACGAAGGAAGAAACUAAUAACAUGAUAGAGCAACUCUCCUCCUAGCCCAUGCUCGUUCCCAAAAGGUUAAUCAGGCUCGCCUCGAGACUUAUCUCGCAACAUCCGAUACCCAGUCCCUUUCUAUGUCCCAAUCCUCUACACCUACCACCUCAAAUCCAUUUCCAGGUUCUAAACGUCGCUCCCAACCCGAAACAGAUACGCCAAGAGAUCUCAAUGCCCGAGUGAAGAUAUUAGAACUCUAUACUCUGCACGUAUUACUUCGAAAUAAUGAAUGGGAUUAUGCAAAAGAAUUCAUUACCAUUAGCGAAGUUCUGGAUGAUGAAAGAAGAGAGGCUUUCCUUGGGGCAUUACGAAGUCUCAAGGAGGAAAGUGAGGAAGGAGAGAGAAGAGAAAGGAUGGAGAAGGAAUACCGAGAGGAACAACUCAAGAAAGAUAUAGAAGAAAGCCGACGUCGGCGAGAAGAAGAAGAAAGGAGACGAGAAGAAAUUGCUAAAAAGGCCAAAGCAAGCGCAAGGGGAACCUCAGAAAUCGACUUUGGAGUUGAAGACGAAACUCCAGUUACGAACAACGGAUCCGUAACAUCAUCCUCAGCACCUAAUAAUCCCCGACAAUCCAAAAUCUCCAAAUCAUCAAGUACCAAACCACACUCUCGAAAAUCAGUAGAAGAAAAGAAACAGAAAACCAUGAUAGAAAAAAUGGGAAUCAUAAUGCGUAAUUUGAAAUUAGUACUGGGGAACAUGGGGGGAAGUCUUAAUUUGAAGAAUCCGAUGGUAAUGUUAAGGAUGGUAGCUUUCGUUAUUGGAAUACUAGUGGUUUUUGGAAGAAGGGAAGUUCGAGAAAGGACGAGGAGAAUGAUGAGUGAGGGAUUGGGAAGAGUUAAGAAGACGAUUGGUAUGGGGGUUAAGGUUAGUUAUAUUUAAUGAACAGGAAAUUGGCCCAAAGGCAAAUAAUCGAGGGGGAAUUUCAUCUGGUUUUUCCAUUUUUUGGAAGAACAGAGAAAUGGAUAUCAUGAACUUCGUUUUCAAGCAUGAUUGGAUUCAAUUCGGGAGUCUUUUGUUUAAUUCACACGAAGACUGGCUUUACUUGUAGUUAUAUUAUGACCUUGAUUUCUGGAUGGUGGAGGAGGGAAAGGGGUAGAUGUCAUGCAUACCUAAGAAGAAUAUGAAGCGAGGGAAAUUUUAGGGAGAGGAGUGGAGGAGUUUACUUUGGUGUGAGAAUUUAUUUGUUUUGUAGUGGUGAAUGCAGAGAAAGAUUGAGAGGAGAAAAAAAGAAGAGAAAAGAUAUGAAAUAAUUAAAGCUUAUUCGGAAUACCAUUCUAUGACAUGCCAC